CUAACCUACGGCAGAGCAGCGCUGAGAAGCGAGCGCAUUUCAGCUUUGCACAGCCCCCAGUAAGCUAGUGAAACACGCGUUUUUUCCAACAGGCACAGUGUCAAGCCGCGAGAGCGCAAGUUCUCAAACCCCGGCUCAGGCACCCAGAGCGCCACUGCCGGCGACCACAAUCAUCACAAAGAAUAGCGGCGAACCACAAGAGGAGCCGAAGCCGUCGGAAAACAGCGAAAGAAUGGCCGAAGAGGCUCCCAAGGGACUCGGACCCUCCCGACCGGACGCCAUGGGCCCGAAGUCGUUGUGGCAGGCUCCGUCCGGGCCCCGCCGCGCCGUCAAGCGCGCCCGCUCCGAAGAAACAAACGCUGCGCCUCCAGCGCCGGCCGAGCCCGCGGCGAUGGAGACCGCUGCACCAGCGCCGGCCGAGCCCGCGGCGGUGCCAGCGCCGGCCGAGCCCGCGGCGGCACCGCCGCCGCCCGAGCCCGCGGCGAUGGAGACGGAGCCGACGCCGCCGCCGCCGCCGCCCGGGAGCCGCAUCACCGUGCGCUUCAGCGACGGCCAGGACUACGGGGGCACCAUCACGGGAUUGCUGGACAAGCAACGCGCCAUGGUGCUCUACGACGACGGCCAGAGCGAGGCCGUGCGCUUCCCGGACCCCGACGUCAAAAUCACGAGGGUCGGGCCCGCGCCGUCGCUCGAAGUGACCCUCGCGACGCCCGCCGCGGCGCCGGCGCCGGCGCCGGCGCCCGCACCGGCGCAGUCGUUCGAGGACGGCGACCGCGUCGAGGCGCGCUUCGGCUUCGGCAAGCAGUGGUACGGCGGCCGCAUCACGGGCGGGUCGGCGUUGAUCGGCUACGACGUGGUUUAUGAUGACGGCGACCGCGAGUCGGGCGUCGCCGCGGAGCUGAUCCGGCCCAUCAUCCGGGAAUUUGUCGAGAUGCCGCCCGAGCCGCCGCGGCCGCCGCCGGCCGUGGAAGCUGCAGGCGAGGACGACUUCGUGGGCAUCUACCGCAAGAGCAAGACGGCGAACUGGGAGGCCGGCAUCAAGGUGAACGGCGAGCGCAUGCACCUGGGCACCUACGACUCGCCCGAGGCCGCGGCGCGGGCCUACGACGACAAGGCCCGCGCCCACGGCCGCCCCGUGAACUUCCCGCGCGCCGGCGAGCAGCAGGCCAAGAAGCAGCGGAAGCGCGCGCGGACGGCCCCUCAAUCGCCGCCGCAGCACAUUCUGUUCGGCUCGCCGCUGCCGGAGGAGGACGACGACGGAUUCGUUGGCAUCUGGCGGGCGCCGGGCUGUGUGGAAAUCAAAUUUCGGACGCCCCACGCCAUCGACCCGACGUCGCCCCGUAACUGAUCUGCUCGAUGGCGUGGAGAUUCUACGCCAUCGACGCGACGUUGUCCCCGCAACUGCUGCAGCUCGAUGGCGUGGAGGUUCAUGAAGGUCUCCGCAAUAAUUCUCAGGAUAACCUCACUCACUGCUUGAUUUCCACACAGGCCCCUGGUGCACGAAAGCCGACGUGGAAGAGCAGCAUAACCGUCGCCGGCGAGAAGGUCCAUCUCGGGUCCUUCUCCGACCCCAUCGCGGCGGCCCAGGCCUACGACGCCAAGGCGCGCGAGCAGGGCCGGCCGGUGAAUUUCCCGCGGGACGGCGAGGUCAAGGCCGAGAAGAACCAGCGCCGCGCGCGGCCGGCCGCCGCGCCGGCGCCGCGCGCCCCGGCGCCCUCGCCGCGCGCGCCGCGCGUGGCCCGGGAGGUCGACCGCCUGCGCCUCGAGCGCGACGACGCGCUCGCUCAGUUGGCGCACGUCCGGGGCCAGCUCGAGGAGUCGCGGCGGUACAACGACAAGCUGCUCGCCGUGUUCCUGGCGCGGUCGCUGCCGCCGCCGCCGCCGCCGCCCCUGCCCGUGCCGGAGAAGGACGAUAGCGACGAGUCGCGGUAAGAUCGGGCUCGGGCUAUUUAGGUCGACUCGUUGG